GCCGGUGUCGGCGGCCCGAGCGGCUGCAGCUGCAGCGGCGGGGGAGGCUGCAGCGGGGCCUGGGAGGGGGGCUGCGCGGGGGGCCGGCGCGUAGCCGGGACCAUGGAGGGGCAGAGCGGCCGCUGCAAGAUCGUGGUGGUGGGGGACGCGGAGUGCGGCAAGACAGCGCUGCUGCAGGUGUUCGCCAAGGACGCCUACCCCGGGAGUUAUGUCCCUACCGUGUUUGAGAACUACACCGCGAGCUUUGAGAUAGACAAGCGCCGCAUUGAGCUCAACAUGUGGGACACUUCAGGUUCCUCUUACUACGAUAACGUCAGGCCCCUGGCUUAUCCUGAUUCAGACGCUGUGCUCAUCUGCUUUGACAUUAGCCGACCAGAAACAUUGGACAGUGUCCUCAAGAAGUGGCAAGGGGAGACUCAGGAGUUUUGCCCCAAUGCCAAGGUUGUGCUGGUUGGCUGUAAACUGGACAUGCGGACUGACCUGGCCACACUGAGGGAGCUGUCCAAGCAGAGGCUCAUCCCCGUUACACAUGAGCAGGGCACUGUGCUGGCCAAGCAGGUGGGGGCUGUGUCCUAUGUGGAGUGCUCCUCCCGGUCCUCUGAGCGCAGCGUCAGGGAUGUUUUCCAUGUGGCCACAGUGGCCUCCCUUGGCCGUGGCCAUAGGCCGCUUCGCCGUACUGAUUCACGCCGGGGACUGCAGCGAUCUGCUCAGCUGGCAGGACGGCCAGACCGGGGGAACGGAAACGAAGGCGAGAUACACAAGGAUCGAGCCAAGAGCUGCAACCUCAUGUGAGGGGCUGGGUGGGACAGAGUGUCAGGAAGGGUGGUGAGGGCACAAUUGUUCCCCUGCCUGCACCCUGGUUUCCUGACCUCCUGACUCUGGCUGGGACUUCAGGGUAGGCUGAGCGAGCAAUUCUCCUGGGCAAGAGAGUCAGAGGCAGAGGGUGCCACCAUUCCCCACAUCCUCAUUCUCCUCCACAGGAAGUUGAGGCAGCUAGCAGGGCAGGGACCUGGGCCUGGAGCUGGGAUGGGGUAGGGGGGUUGGGGAAGCUGGCAACAAGCAGUGACUAGUUGAGUCUCAGUAUAUGAAGGGCGCCUUCCCUCCCUACUUCCAGCCCCAUGUCCUGGUCCUAUCUUCCUUCCCUAAGGAAAGUGUCCAUUUCAUGACCUUCCCGUUUCCUCUCAUCUCACUUCUACAGCUGUUCUCACUCAUCCUAACCUCCAGGCAAUAUGCACUAAAUUAAAAAGCAGUUGAGAGAAGUCUCUCCCCCAUCUACUUACCCAUUCUAGCUCCCUCCCUGCCUUUUUCCAACAGUCCCCAAAUAAAGCCCAUGUCCUUGGAAUACGGCUGUGGCUUUAGUUUUGUUACUUUCUAAAAAUAAAAACAAAAACAAUUUACCAAUCUCUAGCAGCAGGAGGGAAAGUUAGACUUCAGGAAGAACUUUCCUGUCUAUGCUCACAGAAGAAGCAAAGGAAAAAGUCACUGGUUGCAUCAGCAGUGUCCUUUUAGGAGCUAGAGGUGGGGAAGUGAGCUAUCUUGGGAAUAUUCAUCUUGGUUAAUGAACCAGACAAUCCUAAGGCUGUUAGGGGGGUUUUAAGUGGACUGAUAUAGGAUUCAUUACUCAGCCCAGCGGGGAUCCCCUGCUAGUGUGGGAGGGGUCUUCCUGAAGUAAUCCAGGCCCCUUGCUCACCGUUCCCCUCCCUGCCCCCAAUCUGCUGGUGUCCUGGGUGUUGUGGAAGUAGGGAGGGCAUCAAAAGCCACCACAUUGCAGAAGCUGACCCUGGGUAGAGUGAAGUUUCCCAGCGGGACAGAGGUUUGAUUCUGGGGUAUCCUCAGAGAGUGGGGGGCAAGGGAUCUCACCCUCUUUCCAUCCUGAGCUCCUUGAUUUUGAAGGGAGCAUCGGCUGAGUUUACUCCCCCCAACCCUCUAGAGAAGGAAAGCUGGUGGAGGGGCUGGCUGGAGCGCUUGUUGUCAGGAAAGACAGUGCUGGUCUGUUUUCUCCGGAGUCUGGUUUCACAUUGUCCUGUAUUCCCCUCCCUGGCUCUGGUCCCACUGGCCUCUUUUCGGUGACAUUCUCCCCCAGGAACCAUCCCUGGCCCACCCCUCCCCCAGCCCCAGCCACUUCUUCCAGACACACUCCCAUCUUCUGGGAUCCCCCCUAAUUCACAGCCCAUCCCUCCCUUAUUCAUUCAGUAAAUAUGUACUGAGCACCAACUGUGUGCCAGACACUGGCUUGGGAGUCUGAAUGGACCAGUCUCUGUGCUCUGGAGGCCAGCCCAGCAGGGAAAAGAGGGACCCCAGGUGUGACAGUCCCUUGGCUGUGGGAGCUCUUUACAACCUCGGGAGCCAGUCCUCUGAGGUUGAAAGGGGGUUUUCCAGGCAGGGAAGGGGUAGGAAAGGCACUCUGGACAGAGGGUACAGCAUGUGCAAACACAUGGAGUUGAGGAAGAACAUGGCACGGCUUGGGGCUGCCAUGAUGGGAAGGGCAGAAGACAAGCCUCCUUCAAGGCCACUGCAGGGCCCACAAAGGAACCAGGACUUCAUUCUGAGGAUGUGAGGAGGCACCAGGGAUUUUAAGCAGAGAAUGAAGUGACCAGAUUUGGUUUUGGGGAUAGAUGGUUGUCUGGAUGAGGUGAUGGGGGCUGCGGGAUUUGGCUCUGAGAUGUGUCAUUUAAAAUAGCUUCUCCUUUCCCUCUGCCAGGGCCUAGCCUUGAGAGGAAAGGAAAUCCCCACUCACUCCUGGCUCUUCAGACACCCCUUUUCCUCCCUCUCCUACAGGACCCUGUCCUGGUCCAUCUCAGCCAGUCUCCUCAAGGAUUCUGGGACAGCUUCAAGGGCAUGGGGCAUCCCAUGCUCACAAACCGAAACCUGUUUAGAGGCUGACUUUGAGACCUUCCUCAAGGACCCUAAGUCCUGGAUUGAGGGUGCUGGAAAGGGCUGGGCCUCCCAGGCCCAUCUCUCAGGCUGGUCCCAGAAGACUGACCCUUUCCCCCACAGGGACCUGCCAUACCAUACACUUGGGAUUUGGGGCCUCGUGGCUUCUUUUCCACCUUGGACUUCGGUACAAAGCAGGCUCAAGACUGUAGGCGCUGAAUGGCAGUGUUCCUACCCCUCUCUUCUCCCCCACCUCCCCCUCCUGCCACGCUCAGGGAAUGCAAACACAUUUCAAUAUCCGCCUAAAGCAAACAUAAUUAGGAAGAUAAAUCAGCUGGAGGAGCCCCCAAAGUUUAAUACAUUUCCAAUACCACUGACAACAGAUUUUGGUCCCCUCUGAAGGUCUGGGUUGUUAGACGUUUUAUUUCCGGGGAGGGGGCUGUGCCACUGGGCCCAGUAGCCCAAUAGUUGGGAGGAGGGAAUGGGGCUGUUCUGUGAUCCUCAAAGGCCUGGACGCAGGGGACCUAACUCCCACCCCAAAUCCCAGAUGCAGGAGUCUGACUUAGCUUCCUUCUCUGCAGCUGUUUCCCCCACAAAUUAGACACCCGUUUGGGAAACAAUGUAGCCUCGUUAAUCAUUUAAUGAAAUAAACAACUAAUCAUGC